CCAGGAAGUUUGAGAUGCAGCAGCAGCAGCAGCAGCAACAGACAGAGAGUGUGCAGCUCUCCAUGGAAUGAGAGGAUGGUCCUCUUCAACCCCUGAGAGUUUAAGCCUCUACUGGUGGCAUGUGUGAAAGGACUUCCAGUGUGUAAAAACUCUGCUCCCAUCUGCAGAGAUGGCAUUUCGUCUGAAUUUGUGUUCCCUGAUCAUCAUACUUAAUAACCACAGCUGGACGGGUGAAUAAGAAGUAGAAGGUUCUGAAAGAAGUGUUGGAUGUUACAGGACUGUCACACACAAAGAAUGCAGGUACUGUCCUGUUGCACAAACCUGGAAAUGUUUCAGAUGAACUUUUAUUAAAGACUGAGGGGAAAAUUGUCAAGAAUUUAUUGAACAUGUAACAUGCUGGUGAUAUGAUGAUGUAAAACAUUAUGGUUCAUUUAGUUAAUGCUGUUCCUUUGUGUUUGUUUAUUUUCUUUAACUUUUGCAUGGAAUGUGAGAGUAAAGACACAGAUGUGAAUGUUUAGCUUUCUAGAUUAUUUAACUAAAGUAGAAUUAGGUUUACUUUCCACCAUUAGGCAGGUGGGAUUAGCCCCCUAUGGCUUGAAGUCAAUGGAGCCAUUUGACAGGUCACACUUUGUUAUUAUAGAAACCUUUUAAAAGCUCAGUAGCUGUAUAGAUAGUCAGUUUCAUUCUGCUGAUAAUUGUAUGACAGUACCUUGUCUGUAUAUGGACUCCUUGCUGCAAGUAAAGAGCUCAGUAACCAGA